GACCGUUCAAUUGAGGAUGCUCGGUUGUGUCGAGACGUUUUCAAGCCCACUACGAGAAUUGCAUUUUUGCUGACUGCACGAUGGUUAACAUUUGCUGUCUUUGCUGCGGUGAAAUCCCUCAACCCCGCCCCCCUCGGUCGGACCAGCCGGGACCACCGCGGGAUCCCCGCAGCACUGUGCAGCUGCAGCCUGCCGGCUGCACGAGCAAUGAUGGGCUGACGGGGAAACCUAAAGGGGAAAACAGCAAGAGUAGAGCUGUAUAUAUGAUCCACGAUGCAAGGAAAAGCCAGUAAAUAAAUACAACGAGAGUCUGACAUGCAAGACGUGCAGGAUGCUCUCCACCGACCCGGACUCUGCGGAAGACACCGAGGCCAGUGCUCACAAUGAUGCUGAGCAAGAGGAGCAGGAUGACUCUCCGGCUGAGAGUGAUGUGGAGGAGCAGCGUCCUGUCAAGCAGUCAUUGGGAGCCUGCGUGUGCAGAGAGUCUCACUGGCGCUGCCUGCUGCUCUCUCUGCUCAUGUACAGCUGCGUGGGCGCCGUCAGCUGGUGCCAACUGAGCCGGGUCACCAAGAUCAGCUUCAACUCCGCCCUCACCUCCGCCUUCACGGCCUCCUUCGCCCCCUCCCUGCAAAGGAUGGGGCCUGGAGGCCACUCCAUGAUCUACCACGACAGCCCCUGCUCCGACGGCUACAUCUACAUCCCCUUGGCCUUCCUGCUCAUGCUGUACGUGCUGUACCUGGUGGAGUGCUGGCACUGCCGGGCCCGCAGCGAGCUGCAGUGCAAAGCAGAUAUAGACAGCGUGUACGAGCGCGUGGUGCGGAUGCAGCGAGCCCAACCCUGCAUUUGGUGGAAGGCCAUCAGCUAUCACUUUGUGCGCAGGACACGGCAAGUCACCCGCUACCGCAACGGGGACGCCUACACCACAACGCAGGUGUACAACGAGAGGGUCAACACGCAUGUGGCGGAAGGUGAGUUCGACUACAGCCGCUGUGGCAUGAAGGAUGUGUCACGUGACCUCAAAGGGUUGGAGGAGCAUCCCGCCACCCGCCUGCAGUUCACCAAGUGUUUCAGCUUCACCGAAGCCGGCCCGGAGAACGACUACCUCAAUCAGCGAGCGAGGUUCUUCUCCGAAAUCGAAGGUCUGGAUGAUUACAUGGAGGCCAGGGAAGGCAUGCAGCUGAAGAAUGUAGACUUCAGGGAGAACCUGAUAGCGUAUGUGCACCCAGAUAAGAUGCCCUGGUACACGACCCAGGUGGCCUUCUGGCUGGCGGCUCUCUUCAUGCUCUCUUGGCCUUUAAGAGUCCUGAUGGAGUACCGCACUGCAUACGUGCACUACCGCAUAGAGAAGCUGUUUGGGAUCGAGUACACCUGCAGCGGCGCCUCACCGUUAGACGAAGACAGGACCGUUAGUAGUGGCUGCACUAUCCCGAGAGUGGACACGCUAGACAGCACGGAACUGGAGUGGCACAUCCGCUGUAACCACCAAGUGAUCCCCAGCUACUCCGAGGCCAUGCUGAUAAACCUGAGCGCAGACUCUUUGCAUGACACCGAAUGCACCACAUCCUCAAACUGCUACCUUCUGGACCCCAGCCCCACCACUCAGAGCUACGGCGCGCUCCAGAGUCAAGCCGGCGACAGAAGCGGACGGGAGGGCAGGAGCAGCAGGAGGAUGAGGAGGAGGACCAACACCAGCUCGAGCUGCUCCUCCCUCUUCUCCUGCCAGGGGGCACGCUUCCGCUCUCGCCUGUCCUCGGCCACGUCGCGCUUCUCCCUCUGCCGUAUGUACGGUUCGCGCCGCACAGUGGCACUGUGGAGGAGCCGCAGCAGCAACAUGACUGACGAGCGCGAGGGAGGGCGCUCGGACUCCAGUCAGCUGGCCCUCAGCGACAGUCCGCCCAAUUACAGCGACGCAAGAUUCUUCCCCGUGCUUAUCGCGCACGGGCCUGAUGGUGGCGGGUACGAGGAUGGCGAAAGGGCGGAGCGUUGCCACAUAGAAAUAGACUCAUCGUGCGUGGAGACGGCUCUGUGAAAUUUACUCCAAACUUUUUCCACCUGCAUACUGACAAAUGAAAGGAUGCGGGAGUCCAUUUUGCAUUUUGUAGAACCAACAAUAUGCUGAAAGAUUAUAUGUAUACACUGCAAAAACUUACCAGGAUUUCACAGUAUUUUCACAGCAUUUUUUCAUAACAAAAUACUGUAAUCAUAUUCCACUGUAAUAUCACAACAAAUUACUGUAAAUUCAAGGUACCGUAGAUUACGUUGCACUUUCUUGUUCAACUGAGAGAGUAUCAAUA